UAGGCACCACUCAAGGUGAAAAUUUUUGACAAGUCGGUCGUGUUCAGUAACUUCUCCCGGAAUUCAAGAUCCCCGCGACCAACUUAAAAUGGACCCCGAAACCGACCGCCAGGAACGGGAAGAUUCCCUCAUCCGCCAGCUAUCCAGCCUGGACGUCAAGAUCAAGCAGAUCAAGAAGAUCACCAACCUUCCCCCGAACGUGCGCGCCAAGAUCGAAGCGCUGAAGAAGGUGCAGCUGGAUCAGCUGGACCGGGAGGUCGAAUUCCACCGGAAGGUUCACGAACUGGAGGUCACGUUCCAGCAGCGCUACGCGGACAUCAACGACAAGCGGCGCCAGAUCGUGGAUGGGACGUACGUACCGCGGAAGGAGGACCUUCCGGUUGGCUUUCCGGACGUGGAGGGCGAUCAGACGAGCGGAAUUCCCGAGUUUUGGCUGACCGUGUUCAAGAUGACGCCGGUGCUGCAGACCAUGAUCCGGGAGGCGGACGAGCCGGCGCUGAAGCGGCUGGUGGACGUACGGGCGGUUGUGAGGAACGAUCCGCAGCCGGGGUUCGAGCUAGAGUUCGAGUUUGAGCCGAACGUGUACUUCAACGACCGCGUGCUGAAGAAGCAGUAUUUGAUGAAGUGCGCACCGAACCCGGAGAAUCCGUUUUUGUUUGGCGGGUAUGAGAUUUACGACACGGUUGGUCAUGAAAUCGACUGGAAGGAGGGCGCUUGCUUGACCACGCUGACGGAGACGGACGAGGCCGGGCAGAAGCGCCAGCUGAUGACGAACAGUUUCUUCAACUUUUUCAACCCGAAGAAGCUGUUUGAGAAGACGGAUCCGGCGCUGAGCAUCCAGUUUUUGGAGACCGACUUUGAGAUUGGGUACUACAUUAAGGAGCGAAUCAUUCCACGGGCGGUUCUGUUCUUCACCGGAGAGGCCAACGACGAUUUGGACGAUCCGGACUCGGAGGAGGAGGAAGAAGAUGAUGAUGGAGAGAAGCUGACCGUCAGCGAGGAGGACAGCAAGUAAUUUGAAGCAGCAAUUGUGUGUUGAGUUAAUUUGAAGUUUGUUAACCCUUAAUAAAGAAACGUUCAACCUAAA